AAUUUCAAGUGUAAGUGUGCAAGUGUGUGUGCAUUCCCAUAACAUUGGAUUACAAAUCACAAAUUGAAAGCAAGGAUAACAAAAAGCAAAAGCAAGGAGCAUUAACUCAACAAACAUACAUCACAAUUGGAUAUGGCUGCCAACGAGAUUAUGGCACCGACAGUCAACGCAAACUGUCAAUACUCGACCAGAUAUUGCUGGGAAGCUGAAAAAGUCAAAUCAUUGAUCAGAUUACGGGCCGAACUCUCGCCACUCUUCACGGGCAAAAGAAACGCCUCGAAAUAUGCCUGGGCUGUGGUUGAAAGGGAACUCAAUGUGCCGCUGCCGCUGUCGAAGAUCAUCAAGAAAUGGAACAAUCUCCUGCAGGAGUACAAGGCCAUUAAAAUGUCCGAGGAGCCGAAGAGACGCGAGUGGCCUUUCUUCACACUGAUGGAUGUCUACUUCAGCGACCAGGUCAACGAUCCCUCGCUGCGGCUCUUCUCCUCCACCAAGACCCUGAAGGAGACCCUCGACGACAGCGUCUUCGAGGACGAUCCAAUCAUCGCCUCGGCCAUCGCAGCCGCCACCAGCGGUGCCUACAUGGAGAUCGAUGAGUUGAUCCGUCGUCAGAAGGAGCGAGCAGCUCUUGCUGCGGAAAGGAAGCUGGCUGCAGCUGCGAGUGGAGCGAGUGGCGGGGAUUACAAGUACGAUCUGAAGCCGAUGCUGGGCAACAGCAACAACAGCGGCGGUGGCAACAACAGCAAAUUCAACAGCAACAGCGAUAUGGUGAAGCUGUCGAAGAGCGUCGACGAUCUCUCGAUGCAACAGUACAAGAUCAAGCAGGAGCUGAUGCGACAGGAGCAACAGGAGAACAUGGUGAAGAUCAAGCAGCAGGCACGCCAGCAGCAGCAACAGGCACAGCAACAGGCACAGCAGCAACAUCAGCUGCAACAGCAACAACAGCAACAGCAGCAACGUUUCCUCGGUCAUCAGCCGUCGUUGUCGCCGCAUCCGCAUCGCUUGCAGUCGUCGGCGACGCCGCCGGGAUUGCAGCAUGCACUGCAGCAGCAGCAGCAUCUGUUGCAGCAGCAACAGCAGCAUCUACAACAGCAGCUGCAGCAGCAGCAGCAACAGGCGCAGCAGCAACUGCAACAGCAACAGCAGCAGCAACAACAGCAGCAGCAGCAACGAGAACGUGAGCGAGAGCGGGAGCAACAACAGCAACAUCAUCAUCAGCUCGCUCAUCCACAUCAGCCGCCGACGCCGCGUCCCAGCUCGCCACCAACCACCGCACAACAGAUCCACAUCACAGCCACACAGCAUCAGCAACUACAGCACAAGCAGCACCAGCACCAGCAGCAUCAGCAGCAACAGCCCUACACCGAUCCCAACACCAUCGAUCAGUAUCUGCUGUCGUGGAACAACUUCCACGGCAACAUGUGCCGCGGCUUCCACUCGCUGCAGAAGGACGAGAAGAUGGUGGACGUGACCAUUGCGGCUGGCGGCAAGAUCUUCAAGGCCCACAAACUGGUGCUGUCCGUCUGCAGUCCCUACUUCCAGCAGAUCUUCCUGGAGAACCCCUCGAGUCAUCCCAUUCUGCUGAUGGCCGAUGUCGAGGCCAGCCACAUGGCCGGCUUGCUCGACUUCAUGUACAGCGGCCAGGUGAACGUCAAGUACGAGGAUCUGCCCGUCUUCCUCAAGGUCGCCGAGGCCAUGAAGAUCAAGGGGCUACACACAGAGAAAAACCUGGACAGCGAUGCCAGCGACAUUAGCUCGCCACUAGAGAGCGACGGCACCGAGUGCCGUUAUGAGAGAGGCACUCACAGCGUGAACAUCACCAGCGGACACGCUGGAGGCUACGGGGCCUCUGCGCUGGAGCAAUCCUCGCUUAACGGUCCUGCGCCCAUGUCCCUGGCCAGUCCAGGAGGAGGUCAGGGGCAGGGAUACGCUGGAUUCCGUGAGCACAUCAAGUCGAAGGCCACGUUGGCCGAGAGCUUCAUGAAGAAUCUGAAUCGCAACAACAACAACAACAGCAACAGCACCAACAACAACAACUACAGUAACAGCAGCAACAACAACAGCAAUCUGUCGGAUGCGGAGAGCAACUCGUUUGCCAUUCUGCAGGCGAACAGCAAGAAGAUGCUCGAUUCGGCACGCAAGCAGCACAAAUAUCUGGCCAAGCGGAAGAUCCUGAUGCACUACAACAACACGGAGCUGGGCAACACGGAGGCGAAGCGCCUCAAGGAGAUGGACAGGGAGCGAGAGCGAGAGCGUUAUCCGAGUACGGAGCAACACGACGAUGCGUUGAACAACAAUCACAACUACGGACACAGCCAGGACAUCAUGGAACCCAUCACGACGAUUGUGCCGAGGACUCCAGAGCCGCAGCCUCCGCCGGCCACGCACAACAACAACUUCAAGAUACGCCUCGUGGAGAACCAUCAUCUGACCAACAACAACAGCAACAACAGUAGCAACAACAACAGCAGCAACAACAAGACAACCAACAACAGCAGCAAUAACAACAGCAACAACAGCAAUCAUCAUGAUGAUGAGGAGGCAUUGAAUUUGGUGAAUGGCAACAGGGCACGCCCACAAACGCCCACGCCCCCGCCAGACAUACAGCUGGUGAAGCGUGAGCUGGAAGUGGAGGCGUCUCCGGGAGAGGCAACCCACAACAACAGCAGCAACAACAAUAACACUAACAAUGGACACGAUAAGGAUCUCGCGACGUUUGAGCGUAAAUACGAUGACAACAACAACAACAAUCACGGCAUGGACAUGGAAACCGACUCGAACAACAACAACAACAAGCCAGAGUCGCCCAACAACAAUAACAACAACAACAACAAUGGAAUGGGAGCUGGCUUGGCUUUGGCGCUGGGCAAGCACAAGUUGCUGAAUGCGAUCAAUCGCAGUCUGGAAAUGGAGCAGGAAAGGGAGAGGGAGCGGGAGAGGGAAAGGGAGCGAGAAAGAGCAGAGACAACAGAGCACGGCAACAGCAACAACAACAAUAACAACACCAACAGCAGCAAUGGGGAACACGACAACGAUGACAACAACAAUCACAGCCAACACCUCGAUCUGAGCACCAUCAAGAACAUUGCCACCGCAGAGAUUCUGUGCGGACUUAAGAGCAAAGUCCUCAAGCUCGAGGAGGAGCAGCGUGAGCGGGAGAGAGAGCGAGAGAGGGAACGCGAGAGGGAGAUGGAAGCAUGCCGCAGUUUGAGCGAGAUUAAGAAUGCCGAUUGAUAAUGAUCAGCGCGGGUGAUCGGGGUGGGGUUUAAAUAUAUAUUAUAUAUGGACAUAUGCAUUUGAUUAAAUCUUAAAGAGAACAGAAGAGAGAAGAAGAAAAGAACAAAAACCUAAAUACAAAAUAUAUAGAGAGUUCAUAUAGCGAAUCAUCUAACAUAUGUAUGCUACUUAUAGUUAUUUAUUAUACCUUUUACCAUACCAUACAAUAUCGUAUAUCGUUAAUAUCGUUAAUGUAAUUUUAAAGACCGCAAUCCAGGCAAGACUUGCGGUCCUCCAUUCAUUUUUGGUUAGUUGGUAGUUUCCCUCAACUCUCAAAAGAAACAACAAGAAACACUUUCGAUUCCCAACUCUUCCAACCCAUUUAGUUGCUAAGGAUCAGAUAUAUUUUUAUCUACUAACAAUUGUUCAGUUAUUGAAUGAAUUUCAAAUUUAAUAUUAGCAUUUGGAAAUUGGCCCUGUUGCAAUACCUUUUAAGAUCUAAUUAAACAACAUUAUUAUUACCUUAAACACAACAAAACAAAAAAACACUGCAAAGCACAAAGGACGAAAAGAUAACAUCAAUAAGAAGAGGA